GCAAAGAGUUGCCAGGCAGCUUCUUCCUCCUCUGGUGCAGCCGAGGCCAGGGUAAGGGAAGAGAAUCCGCCCUGGCCCUGCGUUGGCCCCCACCCUGGGGUCAGGAAGUCUGGAGGAUGAGGCCCUUCGGCCCUGAGAUUUGUGCUUAACAGGAACCAGAGUAGCAAGGGGUAUGGCCCCUACGCUUCAUGCUGGGCUCUCGGAGAUCAAGGCCUGCUCUCAGCUCUGCCUCCCCGGCCAGGUUUCCCUGGGCCCUCCCUGUGCCAUGGCAGUCCACCUGCUUCGCAUCUGUGGCCUCUUUUUGAUCUUGCUCGCCAUUCCUCGAGGCUCUGGGGACUCUACAGUACCCCCCAAGCCCUUCACCACGGUCUGGAACGCAGACACCCAGUGGUGCCUGGAGAUGCACGGCGUGGACGUGGACAUCAGUGUCUUCGAUGUGGUAGUCAACCCGAGACAGGCUUUCCGCGGCCCUAACAUGACCAUUUUCUACAGCUCCCAGCUGGGAACCUAUCCGUACUACACGCUCGCUGGGGAGCCUGUGUUUGGUGGCCUGCCCCAGAAUGCCAGCCUGGAUGCCCACCUGGCCCGCACCUUCCACGACAUUCUGGCUGCCAUGCCUGCACCCGACUUCUCAGGGCUGGUAGUCAUCGACUGGGAGGCUUGGCGCCCGCGCUGGGCCUUCAACUGGGAUGCCAAGGACAUCUACCGGCAGCGCUCCCGGGCGCUGGUGCAGGCCAAACACCCUGACUGGCCGGCUGCUCGGGUGGAUCAGGCAGCCCAGGACCAGUUCCAGGGGGCCGCGCAGGCCUGGAUGACAGACACCCUCCAGCUGGGGCGGGUGCUGCGGCCCGGCGGCCUGUGGGGCUUCUAUGGCUUCCCCGACUGCUACAACUCUGAUUUUCUAAGCCCCAACUACACAGGCCAGUGUGCCCCAGGCACCUCUGAGCAGAAUGACCAGCUGGGCUGGCUGUGGAACCACAGCUGCGCCCUCUACCCCAGCAUCUACAUGCCUGCAGCGCUGGAGGGCACAGGGAGAGCGAGGAUGUAUGUGCGGCACCGUGUGAGCGAGGCAUUCCGCGUGGCAACGGCUGCCGGGAACCCCACUCUGCCAGUGCUACCCUACGCCCAGAUCUUCUAUGCAUUGACAAACCACUUCCUGCCCCUGGAGGAGCUGGAGCACAGCCUCGGGGAGAGCAUGGCUCAGGGAGCAGCCGGAGUGGUACUCUGGGUGAGCUCGGAGAACACGAAAACCAAGGAAUCCUGCCAGGCCAUCAAGACAUACGUGGACACCACACUGGGGCCCUUCAUCCUGAAUGUGACCAGCGCGGCUCUCCUCUGCAGUCGAGCCCUGUGCUCGGGCCAUGGCCGCUGUGCCCGCCACCCCAGCCACCCCGAGGCCCUCCUCGUCCUCAGUCCGGCUAGUUUCUCCAUCCAGCUCAAGCCCGGUGGACCCCUGACCCUGCAGGGUGCCCUCUCACUCAAAGAUCGGGCGCAAAUGGCUAUGGAAUUCCAAUGUCACUGCUACCGUGGGUGGCGGGGAGCUCAGUGUGAACAGCAGGUUAGGCGGUGAUGGGCCACAUGUCGUCGUCACCUUGUGCACACCCAGAACCCCGUGCACUCAAGGCGGGCCUGGGCACAGCUUCCUCAGAACCAGGCGCAGCCACACAGUAACAGGAGUACACUCAGCCAGCACCAGCACCACGGCGCGUGCCCCGACACUCAGGCGUGCCUACGGAUCAGAGUAGACACAGUUACAGCCACGGGCAGGCACUGUUCACAGGUACCUGCUGCGCUAGGACAGACACUACGCCAGUCUUUGAAAUGCAGCAAUCGCAGAAGCCCUUAUUCGCCAAGCACCUACUCCUUAAGUUCCACGUUUGUCAUUUUAGGAGGACUUGGUUUAUCCUCACAAUUAGGCUUAUGAGAAAACUGAGGCACCAACAGAGAGGGCAAGCCCUUUGCCGAAGGUCACACAGCAAAGACAGGGCGAAGCUGAGGGCCCAGUUGCAGACGGCCUUGUGGAUUUACUGUGUGAUGUUCACCAACCCCCAGCAAAUAAAGCAGUCAAGACGGA